AUGUAUCAACAUCACCACCGGCAAGGAGUUCCAAUGCUAGCAGCCAACGAACCCCGCUUGGAUAAUCCAUCCUACCCCCCGCUCUCACAACCGGACCUGUUGUGUCCGAUCACUGCUACACUUCCCACUCGAAUUACUCCCCACCCCAACUUCACUACACAACUCCACUCACAAAGGGCACUCCACCACGGCUCUACUCUGCCACGUUACUUUCCUCGUUCACGGACCCGAGAUGAAAACAUCCGCGGGGUAUCAGGAGGCGAGAGGCGGCAUGUCUUGAUCGGGGUGGACAUGAUCCAUGACCCUGCUAUUCUGAUUCUCGAUGAGCCCACUUCGGGGCUGGACUCCACCGACUCGCUUGCCUGA